AUAACUAUUAUCUUUAAAUCAUACCAAGACUGUACAGAUCAGAAAGUGUAUCAAGCAGUGACUGAUGACUUGCCUGCAGCUUUUGUUGAUGGUACAACAAGUGGAGGUGACGGGAACACCAAAAGCUUGCGAAUUGUGGAGAAAGUCAGUGGCAAAUACGUCGAAAUGCAUGCCAAGUACAUUGGGACCACGUUGUAUAUACGCCAGCUUGGGCACUACUUAACAUUGGCUAUUCGCAUGCCUCAGGAGUUGGUCAUGGCCUACGAGGAGAGCCAGGAUGUGCAGCUGUGCGUGAACGGUUGCCCUUCAAGUGAACUUAUUGAUGAUAGUGGCCACUUACCGUUACCUGUGAUGAGGCAGUUGCUCCCUCAGGGUGGUGCUGCUCAUCCCUGGUCAGUGUACACACUGGAAACUGCCACCACCAAAUGCCAUGAGAAGAUGCUGGUGAAGGACAUCUAUUUUUACUCAUGUGUAUUUGACCUACUCACCACUGGUGAUGCUAACUUCACAACUGCUGCUCACAGUGCCUUGAAGGAUGUGGAAGCACUGCACCCCAGAAAAGAGCACUGGCAUAUCUUUCCCAGCAGUGGAGGUGAUGGUGUGGGCAAGGGUAGCAAAUUCUUUGUCAGUCGUGGACUUGUGUGCUUGAUCCUUGUUGCGUUUUUGUAGGUUUUUUCGUCUAUAACAAAGUUUUGAAAUAUGUAUUGUCAUAAUAUAUUGAGUAAAGAUGAGUAUGAAUGUGUAUACCAUGUAUAUGAAGGGACAUUUUGUCUUGGGACACCCACCAGAUUGUACAUAUUGUUUGAAUUGUUUUCAUGUAUGUUUGAUGUAGUAUUUUCUGUAUGUGUUUUGCAGUUGGUGAAAUGUUUUAUAAUGUCCCUGCAUUGGGACCUGAUAAAAAGCACUUUAUUUUUUUAUAUAUUAAACAUUUAUGCGUGUAUCUGAGUAACUAUGUAUUCUACAUAUAAACAUGUGCAUACAAUACUCAGUGCUCCCUCUAAGUACUACUU